AUGUCUAGUAGAAGGAGCAGCAGCUCCGCGGCCGAGCAGGUGAAGCAGGCCGAGGCCGGCUACAAGAUCGUGGACCGCGCCGCCGACUUCGCCGAGAAGCAAGCCAGCCGGCCCGACUUUGACCACGCCGGCACGCCCAUCCAGGUGACGAAGCAGCCCAACCCCGGCUGGCAGUACGGCGGCGGCGCGCGCGACUACGACCCGUCGUGGACGCACCGCGAAGUCGACCCCUACGCCACGGACCGUCCCAUGGUCAGCAACUACCGGCUGCUCGUGUCCGGCAUCGCCCCGCGCCCCGUCGGCUUCAUCAGCACCGUGUCGGCCGACGGCCGCACCAAGAACCUCGCGCCGUUCAGCUACUUCCAGGUCGUCGACCACGACCCGCCCACCUUCGUUGUCGGCUUCUCGUCGCGGCCGGGCCGCGAAAAGGACACGUACCGCAACCUCCGCGACACAGGCGAGUGCGUCAUCAACACCGUGUCCGAAGGCAUGAUGGAGGCGGUCAACGCUACGUCGCUGGACCCUCCCCACGGCGUCUCGGAGUGGACCAUCUCCGGCCUGCACGAGGCCCCGGCGGCGACGGUGCGACCCGGCCGCGUCCACGAGUCCGUCCUAUCCAUCGAGGGCAAGGUCGUCGACGCCAAAGAGCUCGGCCAUGGCAAGCCUGGCAUGAGCGCGGCCGGCGUCGUGCUCAUCCAGGCUACGCGCUUCUGGGUUCGCGAGGACGCUACCAACGACGACGUCAGCCACAUUGAGCUCGACAAGCUGCGUCCGAUCGCGCAGCUCGGCGGCAUGUCCUAUGGCCGCAUCACGUCGACGUUUGAGCUGCCUAGAAAGCGGUGGGCGGACGAAAAGGCAAACUCGGCGCUGCUCUCUAGCCUCGAGUCGGACAAGAGUGCCUGA